AUGCCAAAUGCUUGCAAAAGGAAUGGAUAUGUGCCAAUAAAUAUAAUUAUUAAUGGCAUUUGUGCACAUACCAAGGUUCAUAUUUUAGUCGCUCGAGCCUUUAUUCCUAAUCCGAAAAAUAAGCCUUAUGUUAACCACAUUAAUGACAUCAAAUAUGAUAAUCGAGCAGAUAAUUUGGAAUGGGUAACUCCUAAAGAGAAUGCUGAGCGUAAGGUAUUCCCAAACCGUAGUCGUGGUAGAUCCAGAAAAAUUGUUCAGAAAACUUUGGAUGGAAACCGAAAUAUUGCUGGUGGUUGGCGUUGGAUGUAUUAUGAGGAUUAUAUAGAACAAGACCCUAAUGAAGAGUGGAAAGAAAUAGAGAAGGCAAAGAAUAUUGACGGUGACUCUACUAACAAUAAUGCAUCCAAUCUCGAAUGGUGUACCCCGAAAGAAAACUCCCAGCAUGCUGUACAUCUCGGCCUUUGGGGCAACGGUCGUCGACGUGCUGACAAACAGAUUUUCGAUGAUGGCUCUACUCAAGAAGUUCUAUCCAUAUCUGAAGCACAACGUAUAACUGGAAUUGAUGGAUCAUAUAUUGAAAAGUUUGCAAAAGACGUAAAGGUCAUGCUGGUGGAUAUCGUUGGGGGUAUGUAG